AUGCUACGAUCGACUAAAACCACUCAUACAAAGACUACUGAAUCUACCAUAUCUGGUAGUCGUCCUAGUCGCAUCAGGCCUUCUUUUUCAAAACCACCUGCAGACCAUAGGUUGAAAUCACUUCAAAAGCUGAUUCAAGCCAGUAGAUCCAAUGGCAGACUCAAUAUUUCCAACUUGGAACUUGAAAGUAUUCCUGACGAGGUUUGGGGCACGAAUGCUGCUGCUUGCCAAAGUACAGUUCUCGACGUAUCUUUUGAUAGACCGCUGGACCAAGGAAGUUGGUGGGAGGUUUGCGAGCUGAAACGACUUGUUGCCGCAGACAAUCAUAUUACUGCCAUCGAUCCAAGAAUUGCUGAUUUGGGUGCGCUAGUCAUGUUGGAUUUGCACAAUAACCAAAUCUCUUCAAUUCCCGACGUGGUUGGAUCACUUCAAGCCUUAUCAAUACUCAAUCUAUCAUUCAACUGCAUCACUUGUCUUCCAGACUCGCUGUUUCAACUACCGUUGGUUGAGUUACAUGUUCAAGGAAAUGCUCUUGUGCAACUCUCUGAUGCCAUUGGAAAUCUGUCUCGACUUUCGCAUCUGGAUUUGUCCGAUAACAAAUUAUCUGCACUGCCACCAUCCAUAUCUAAAAUGACUUGUUUGACUAAACUAAAUGUAUCCAAAAACCAGCUUACCAGCUUGGAAUCUGUAGACCUAAGUGCUAUUGUACAACUUACAGAAUUGAACUUAUCCUACAACUUGCUUGCUAAUCUUUCGGCAUUCAGCAUAGAUACUAUAUCAUUGCCAAAGCUUAAAAUCCUUGAUGUCAAGCAUAAUCGAUUGAGCUCUUUGACUGUCAAGUUGACGUGUCCAGAGCUUGUUGAUCUUUGUCUUUCUUUCAAUAACCUAUCAUCCAUAGCACCAGGUGUCUUUUUCGAUCUGAUUCAACUUGAAACUCUUGAUCUGCGCGACAAUGCUCUGUGCGUUGUUCCUGACGAUACUCUUCAGCUGCACAGAUUAAAGCGUCUGGAUCUUACCAACAACAAUAUCUCUCGUUUGCAGCCAGAAUUGGGCUUGUUGCAUAAUCUGACCAUGUUUCUGGUGUACGGAAAUCCUAUUCGUGGAUUGCCUACUUUAGAUAGCACCGUCAAGUUACUGGAGCAUCUACAGAAGCGCAUUGUGAUUCCUGCGUCUUCACACCAGAUCCAACCCAACGCAAACAAUGCGGUGGUUUCUCGAGGUAUUGAUCAAUCUGAUUCUCUGCCGCCUUUACAUCAUCUACAACAAUCUUCUGUUGCACCAUCUCAGCAAGAAUACUCUUCUCGAAUCAUGAAUCUAUCCAAUCAAGGACUUGAUGUGUUGGGCGGCGACAUUUUAUCAAAUUUUGAUUUUGCACCCUCGACAAUCGAUGUAUCACAAAAUCGACUAAAGAAUCUUCCAAAUCACUUUAAUGAGUAUUCCAACAGCGUCGUGACUCUGAUUGCUCGUCAGAAUCUGCUGACUGUGUUUCCCAAUAUUCCAUUUGGGCAUCUCAAGAUACUGGAUUUGAGCAGAAACAAAAUCACGCAACUAUCCGAAUCACUUCCACUGCUUCCCAGACUAGACGAACUUAACCUUUCUUUUAACCAACUCGUUUACCUUCCAAGUCAACUUUCUUUUCCCAACCUUACUGUACUUUUGGUUUCCAACAACCGACUUGAGGCAAUUGAUCCACAUAUGUUGAUUCAAUGCAUACCCGGUAUUCAAAUCUUGGAUGUAUCCAAUAACUCAAUUCAGACCAUUCCACCCGAAUUGGCACUGCUUCCUUGUAUCAAGAGUUUGCAAUUAAGCGGCAACAUGUUUCGAGUUCCUAGAGCAGCUAUUUUACAAAAAGGAACCGAAGCUAUCUGUGAGUAUCUCAAGAGUAGGAUUCCUGUUUGA